AACUCAGCCAAGACUUUGUUGUGUCAGCAUCAAGUGAUGGAAAAGCAGCAAUGACCAUUUUGACAUUCUAUAACGCACAGUUGCAGGAGAAGGCAAAUGUUUGCAACAAAUUCCAUCUUGAUGUUUCUGUUGAAAACAUCCACUUGAACUUCAAACAUGGAAAGGGAGCCAAGGGAGCCCUCAUGCUCAAGAUCUGCACAAGGUAUUUGGGAGAAGUUGAUUCUACAAUGACAAUAAUUGAUGUUUCUAUGCUGACUGUUUUUCUCCCUGAUGCAGAAGACCUUACGAGGCUUUCUGAAGGAGUGGACAGAUACAUCUCCAAGUAUAAAGUUGACAAUAAUAUGGCUCAGAAAGUAGCUGUUAUCAUUUACUUAGACAAGCUCUCCCACACUGAAGAUGAAUGCCUGCAAUUUAAGAUUCUCAAGCAUUUUGAAAUUGGCUUCAUUCAGCCAGGAUCAGUCAAGGUGUACAGCUACUACAAUCUAGAUGAAAAACGUACCAAGUUCUACCAUCCAGAUAAAGGAACAGGCCUUAUCAAUAAGAUAUGUGAUGGUAACGUUGGCCGAUGUGCAGAAGAAAUCUGUUCCUUGCUCAACCAGCAGGAAAAGAUUGAUCUUCAGUUACGAAUUCAAAAAGCCUGCGCCCCAAAUGUGGAUUAUGUCUACAAAGCCAAGCUGCUGAGAAUAGAAGAAAAAGAUGGUAAUGAUACCUAUGUCAUGGACGUUUUAGAAGUUAUUAAAGCAGGCAGUGACCAAAAUCCACAAGCAAAGGCCCUCCAGUAUAUAAGUCAAAGGAAAUGCCAGGAGACUCUGAAUCUGAAGGUGAAUGAUGAUUAUCUGAUCUGGGGUCUCAGCAGUGACCUGUGGCCCAUGAAAGAUAAGGAACAGCCAACGCGACUGCUGAAAAAAUUAUACAAGCUCCACCCAAGCUUCCUCUCAAAAGACCAUCUGCUCAUCUGACACUAG